AUGGCGGAGGAGCGGGACACCGGUAUUGUAUACGUCGUGCAUCCGGCGCCGGCAUCAGUGGCAAAAGGCCUUAGCAAUUAUAGCGGCAGCAACAAAAACAACCCCGCUUCGGCAGCUGCAGCCGUACAAAGAAGCGUCGGCCGGCGAGCAUGGCUGAUGACCUCCGUCACCACCGCUGCCGUCACCGCAUUCUGGCCAUCAGGCAUUGGAGGCGACGGCUGCGGUGGCGGUGGCGGUGGCGGCAGGAUCUGGGGCCGGCCGGUGCACGCCGCCACCACCGCCAUCACCAACCCAAUGGGGCCCGCCGUCGACCUCUCCACACUACAGGAGGAGGCUUAUUUGGCGUACGCGGAGCGGCGGUUCCAGGACGCCGUGGAUUUGUUGACACGGUGUAUUGCUGCGGAACCUGAGUCGGCAAGGUGGCGGGAGAUGCGGGCGGAGGCCCUCGUCGAUGGAAAGAACUUCAGCGCAGCACUUGAAGACUUUGAAGCUGCCUUAGGGCUGGUGCCCGGCAAAGACCUGGUCACUCGCGCGCGGCUGCUUACGGGGCGAGCUCUGGCCUACGAGGGAUUGAGUCGGUGGGGAGAUGCCUUGGCGGACUACCGGAGAGGUCUGGAUCUGGCGGCGGAGGCAGGCGAGUCGUUGAAUCCGUACGUGCUCAACAGCAUUGGCAACUGUCUCAACUCCCUGGGCCGUUGGGAAGAGGCUCGUGAGCAGUACCUGGCGAGUGCGGCCGUCUUCCAGCAGGCGCGAGGAUUCAGGGGGCGUAACGGCGCGACGACUCCACGACUCGAUGGCGCCAUCUUCGCUUCCUCCAAUGCGGCCCUUAUGCGAGCCCAAUUAGGCGACACGGACGGCGCGGUCCAGGAGAUGGUACGAAUUGCUCGACGAGCUCCUGGCAGCGCGGACAUGCGGGCCGCACUGGCCGCCUUGUACUGGGGUCAGGGGCGGCGUCAGGAGGCGGAGGAGAUGUGGGAGUUUGCUUGCGACGUUAUAACGGUGGGUUGCGCCAAGUACACGGAUUUGGACUGGCUGGGCCGUAUUCGCCGUUGGCCACCUGUCAUGGUGGCUGCCAUGUCGGACUUUCUGUCCUUGCGAUGA